AUGUACGCCGACCUGCCCGAGCACUACAAGAUCACCAUGCCUGCCCUCUCGCCGACCAUGGAGGCUGGCAAUCUGGCCGAGUGGGAGGUGGCCGAGGGUGAGGAGAUCGCCAGCGGAGACGUCAUGGCCUCCAUCCAGACCGACAAGGCCACGCUCGACCUGGAGAGUACUGAGGACGGGUACGUUGCCCGGCUGUUCAAGGAGGCCGGGACGGAGAACAUCCCGGUUGGUGACCUCAUUGCCAUCAUUGUCGAGGAGGAGGACGACGUGGCGGCGUUCAAGGACUAUGACCCCGCGUCCGACGCUGGCGACGCGAAGCCGGCGCCCAAGGCUGACGACGGUGCUCCCAAGGCGGCCGACGCUGCGCCCAAGGCGGCGGAUGCCGCGCCUGCCGACGCCAAGCCGGCAACCGGCAAGGCUGCUGCCAGCAACCGCGUUGUUGCCUCGCCGCUGGCCAAGAACACGGCGCGCGAGUCGGGCGUCGACCUCGCGGGCAUCCGCGGGACCGGUCCGGGCGGCCGGGUCGUCCAGGCCGAUGUGCUGGAGGCUGUGGAUACUGGCUCGCAAAGCCAGGUUGUGGCGUCAGGCGCGGGCGCUGGGGCGGUGGCGUCGGGUGCGGCGUACACCGACGUGCCGCUCGACAACGUCCGCCGGGUCAUUGCCCAGCGGCUGCAGGAGUCCAAGCAGACCAUCCCGCACUUUUACCUCUCGGUCGACGUCACCCUCGACGAGCUCCUCGAGGUCCGCUCCGAGCUUAACGCGCAGGGCAAGGACGAGUACAAGCUCUCGAUCAACGACUUUGUGGUCAAGGCCUCGGCGCUCGCCCUGCAGCAGGUGCCCGAGGUCAACUCGUCGUGGCAGGGUGACUUUAUCCGCCAGAACCACUCGUCGGACAUCUCGGUGGCGGUCGACACCGGAAAGGGCCUCAUCACCCCCAUCGUCGACGCGGCCGAGUCGCGCGGCCUGGUCUCGAUCUCGCACAAGGUCAAGGACCUUGCUGCCCGCGCCCGCGAGAACAAGCUCGCCCCGCAGGAGUACCAGGGCGGCACCUUUACCAUCUCCAACCUCGGUGCCUACGGCGUCUCGCACUUUACUGCCAUCAUCAACCCGCCGCAGUCGUGCAUUCUUGCUGUCGGCUCGGGCUCCAAGCGCGUUGUGCCCGACACCUCGUCCGAGGCCGGCUUCAAGGAGUCGAACGUCAUGACCGUGACUCUCUCGUGCGACCACCGCGUCGUCGACGGUGCUGUCGGCGCCCGCUGGCUGCAGGUCUUCAAGAAGUACGUCGAGAACCCGCUGUCGAUGCUGCUGUAG